CCUUACUCUACGCGACACCACUGGACGUGACGUGUUGUUUAUGCUGCUUAGUUUUAAAGCGAAUCAAAGUGCACACAGCAAACAGACGGUUUUAAAUUGAGUCAGUAACUGUAAGUGUCAAACUAAGCGGCAAAAGCGUCGUACCACCUGCUUUACUAAGCGGCAACGUUAACGGCUGCGCUCGAACAACACGGAUUUACGCUGAACCCAAGUGUCAGUUCAGCGAAGAUCCACACGAGUCCUCGCGCCACCGUGAGUCGAAUUUUCGCUCAGCCGCCCGGAGGUUCCGCUUCCUCGCCAGGCACCAGUCUCACGGACGCAAAAUGGACCGAGGUGGCUGCCAGAUGAGCGGCGGCGGCGCGGGGGGCGGCGGAGCGGGCGGCGGCGGGCCCGAGCAGCACGGGGUGAUCACGCUCGAGGACCUGGAGUCCUUCUCCGAGGACCAGCUGUCCGACUCGGGCAACGGCAGCCUGGAGGAGGAGGGCGAGACCAUGGAGGAGGACGAGCACGCGGACCGGCUGCUGCACUACUGGCAGGACGUGGCGAGGGGGCACCAGGUGGAGGUUUCUCAAGAUAUGGCAGAACCCAUUCAACAGCUAACCAGCAACAACCAAGGCCGCAGUAACAGGCAGCACGUUCCCUUCACCUUCCUCCUCCGCAAAGAGAAGUGCGGGGAACUGCUCUAUGAGAAGCGCCACUACGAGAAGGGCCACUGGGCUUGCAUAACCAUGCGUGAAGACACUUAUGAACAGAGUAUCUGCUACGGGUUCAUGAGGAUAAUGAGAUACAUUUGCCAACAGAACUCGUUAGGGGACUAUCUGGGAAUGACACUUCCUAUUGUGACAGUGGUGCGCACAGAUGAGAACCACUCUGUGAUCUCCCAUGAUGUCACUGUGGCGUACUACCUUCCCACUGAGCAUCAGGCCCAGCCACCACAGCCACAUGACAGUGAGAUCAUUAUAGAGAUCUGGCCCGCCACCACUGUAUACAUAAGGCCUUUCACUGGUCCCACCAACGAAGUGACCAUCAUCAACCAGAUCAACGCCAUGGCAGAGCUGCUAGAUUCUCCUGAUAUGUGUGUCAGCGACUCGUUCAUCGUGGCCGGCUACACCAACCCAGCUCACAGCAAUCGUCAGAACGAGAUCUGGUUCCUAGAGCGACGCUGAAGGACACGAGGAGCAUCCAGGAUGCCAUCUUUGACCCUUGAGCCUCAACGAUUUCCUAAACACUGCCCCAGCUCAGCUAUUGUCUCAGGUGCAAAAUUUCAUUACCACACCAGCCCAACACACCAAGGUGGGAACUGAUAAGAAUCAGCCCUUGUCCUACCGUACCCAAAGUUUCAUUCAUGUUCAUUUUAGAAAUACCCUCUGUUCACCCUUAAGUACUGAACAAAACCACUGCCACACUCACGAACACAACCCAGAUGCUAAGUGUAAAUAGCUUUGUUUCCUGCUUUUUACACUAUAGCUUAUAGUGCAGUCCUCUCUUCUUGGAAGCUGAAAUAUUUUAAGUCUUAUACUUCUGUAAACAGGGUGAUUAUAGAGUGCUGUUUAAAAUAUACAACAGCCUCCUCCACGGUGGAAACAUGCUCCCCGCCGAAACACAGCCUUAUUGUGUCCCCUAUCUGUUUGAUGCACAUAUAUAAUGUCAUGUGGGGUGAAGACCGAUCCACAUUAGGAAAGGUUAUACAUUGUGUAGUUUGUACGGUGAUUUCAGCUUUGUUCUUGCUGAUUCAUUGUUACUCUUUUUGGGCAAGCCAGUUAUUACAGGUGCUGGGGCACUAGCUUAACCUUAUCUGAGAUUGGUGGGUCUGCUCCAUGCAGGGCAACCACACAAACCACAGCCGAACCACAGCGGGUGGCUUCAGUCGUAAAUGCACACCUGAAACAAUGAAUGUAAAGCUACAGAGAGGACAUGGAAUUCCACAUAAACAAAAUUCUAAAAAACAGAUUUUACUACAGAGUGACAAUCAUGACAAAUUACUCAUAUACAUAAUUUUGCUUUUUUGAAUAUAAUGCAAAUGAGUGGAUCUUUAUGUUGAAGUCUUGUUCAUUUAAAGCAAUAGGUAGCAGCAAAACUGUUUUCUGUCAGUGUCAUUCUCCAUCUGUUCAAAAAUAUUUACUGCAGUACUGCAAGCACCACUGCUAAGUAGAAACACUGCUACAAGGAGAAAUAUAGCAGAGAAUCUCUACGGAUUUACUGCGAAUCAAUUCUCAAUAGUUCUAUUUUAGUUAAUUUUAUAUUUAGAGCCCACAUAACGUGUCUGUGUAGAUCAUCUCUAUGUUGCAAUGCAACAAAAACAGCUUUACUUAGAGUUAAGAGUGUAUAUAAGAAUGUUUCUGCCAGUUAAAUAAAUUUGGAAGUGAACUAGCCAAAUCGACAUAAGCAUUUUUGUUGCAUUGUUAUUUUUAAAUUCUGUACUGAGAAAAAUCUUAUUCAGAUCAGAUUGUGAGAAAGUUGCUUUAAUUUAUUCCACAGACAAUAGAAAGCCGUUGACAGCACAGAAAGGUACAUUUUCUGAGAGAAAGCCUGCCCAGUGUUAGGGUCCAACUGUUUAGUUGAUGUCAAGGCAUCGGAAAAACCCAAAGAAUGCAUAUUGCUUUUAAUGAUUGUAGGAUUAACACUGCAAAGCCAUGAUGCAUAUAGGCUGGUUUUCCUUUAGAGCUUGGUUAUAUGGGAACAUCAUAUGUGAGCAUUCAAAUGUGUUUCCUGUCUCUUUGCUUAUUUGUUUAGUGUUUUGCAGACAUGUGCUGUACUAUGAAAAUGUACUUGCAACAACCAGAACUACUGUGGCUUUUGUUUGUUCAAUAAAAAUGUGCUUGUGUCCUGUC